CGCGAGGUUUGGAAGACGCUGUAUCCCCUCUAGCCAGAACCGCCUAGCGUCGCGGAAGCGAGAUUUGCGAUUUACAUACCAGAAAUAAACGACAAUGGGUGAUCUUCGUGCGAUUAACGCAAAUUGUAUCGUUUUAAAUGAAAUGACGCGCAUUUUCGUUGAUGUCAUAUGAGGAUGAAGUGAGAGAGUAAACAAAAACAUCGUGAGAACAGAUUUCAAAUUAUGGACAACAAGAUGAGCACAAAAGAGGACAUCCCCAAAGACCGGGGUUUCUUUGUAGGGAUUAUAUUCUUCAUCCUUGGGUUGGGAACGCUGUUGCCAUGGAACUUCUUCAUGACGGCCUCUAUGUAUUUCAAUAACAGAUUGAACACAUCUAAAUGGAUUAAUGGAACGAUAUCAGCCAGGAAGGAAUAUUACUUCAAUAACUGGAUGACUUUCUUAUCCCAGCUGCCUUUGCUUCUGUUCACUUUGCUGAACUCGAUCCUCUAUCAGCGAAUCUCAGAGAAGAUAAGGAUGGCAGGCAGCUUAAUCUUCAUCCUCAUCCUCUUCAUCAUCACUGCUGCACUGGUGAAGGUUCCUAUGGAGGAGGACCGGUUCUUCUCUAUCACUAUGGCAACCAUAUGGUUUAUCAACUCGUUUGGAGCCGUUCUGCAGGGAAGUUCGUUUGGUUUGGUGGGUUUGUUACCGCAGAAGUACAGCGCUGUGUUUAUGAGCGGACAAGGACUCGCUGGAACAUUUGCUGCUCUAGCAAUGAUUUUCGCCAUAGCAAGUGAAGCUGACAGUGAAUCAGCAGCUCUUGGUUAUUUCAUCACUCCGUGUGUUGGGACUCUCAUCACUCUCUUCAGUUACAUGUUGUUACCCAAACUGGAGUUUGCUCAGUAUUACCUGAAUGGGUGUAAAAGCAAGAAUCAAAAACCUGAGACGUCUAAAGAGUUGCUGUCUACAGACGUUGCAGAGAUCUCUUUGAGGACGAAUGAUCCUUGUAAUGGCUCUGUCCCUAACGAAGACUCAAACUGUGUAGAUGAAGAAGAGGAGACUGGGACACAGGCUUUCAUUGAGCUACAGACAUCUGAAGGGUCGACCCAGAAGAGCUCUGUCCUGCAGGUCCUUAAAAAGAUUUGGGUCAUGGCGUUUUGUGUUACGUUCGUCUUCACAGUAACGCUUUCAGUUUUCCCUGCGGUUACUGUGGACGUAAAGUCGGUUUAUGGAGGAGAUUGGGAAAAAUAUUUCACCCCUAUUUGGUGUUUUCUUGCCUUUAAUUCAAUGGAUUUCACAGGCAGAACUGUCACAACAUGGGUUCGGUGGCCUGGGAAAGAUGGCUGGCGAUUCCCGGCUCUGGUGGUUUCUCGGUUAAUCUUCGUGCCUUUGCUGAUGUUGUGUAACGUACAGGACCGACACAACCUGCCUGUAUUCUUCAUAAAUGAUGCGAUAUUUAUCAUUAUAAUGCUGCUGUUCUCUGUGUCCAGUGGAUAUUGUGUGUGUCUGUCCAUGACCUUCGCACCACAACUGGUGGAACCUAAAGACGCUGAGACGGCCGGCGCAUUGAUGACGUUUUUUCUGGCAUUGGGUUUAACGUUAGGAGCGGCUUUCUCAUUUCCUCUACGUUUACUGGUCUGACAGAAAACGCAGUCACAUCUUCAACAAACCAGUCGUAGUGUUGUCUGUAGUGAUGCUCACAUGCAUCUGUUAUGUUGUUCAUUAAGGAGGCAUUAGUUGCGUUUUCAUUAUUUUUACAAGAUGUGCCUAGAAUACCCCACCGAUCGUUUGAUAUAGCAUGUCCAAAAUGACCCUAUUUGGUUGGAGCAAAAAAGCAUUUGUGUAAAAGUUUGAGGUAAAAGUCUAUUUAGCACCAUUUGCACUACAACAUGCUAACAAAAUUUAGAAAAGCUUUUAGGUAAAAUUAACCAGUCAGUCAGUGGCUGUGGCUUUAUCAAUGUGAUGUCACAUUAACAAGAGAAUCAAAACAGUGUUUAUCUGAGACUGCUUUGAUUUAAUGGGGAUAAAAAAAAGAAGAGGGUGGAUUUUUUUAAUGUAGGGUGGAUUGGUACACACACAUUUGUGUUCAAACACCUUGUAAAAGUGUUUUUUGCAUAAUAUGUGUCCUUUCAAAUUGAAAUUGAAAAUGUGGUACUCAUCAAUUUCACCAAAAACUCCAUAUAUCAUAUAUCACAAAAAGGAUUUUACAGUCGUGUGAGGUGUUUUAUAAAUGCAUCCACAUAUAAGUCGAAAUCACCUAUGUUUUCGUCGAAUAUCAUCGUAUUCAAUUCAGUUUUAUUAUAUAACGCUUUUCACAAUUGUUUAAUUGCUUCAAAGCAGCUUUACAUUAAAAGAUGCAGGAAAAACACAGAAAAAUCAUAAACAUAAGCGGCAGAAUACAGCCGUUAAGGAUUAACCGCACUAUAUAACGUAUAUAAGAGGGUGCUAAGUUAAGCCAAUGUCAGCAGACUCCCCAGGGGUUGAAAAAAAACCUAGGACAAAAACCAUGAGGGAAAAUAUAAUGAAAACAAUGUCAUUUUGCAAUAUUUUUUAUUGAUUUUUUCCCAAAAAAGUUAUACAUAAAUCUGUAAAAAGAAACCAAGUUAACAAGGAGGAGAUUUUUCGGGCAGCUUUAAGCUAUUUUAGAAAAUCAUAAUUUCCUAUCAGAAGGACCACAGAUUAACAGAAAUGUUACUGAGGCAUUAGUUUAAGUUUUGCUGUGUGACCUCUCUUAAUAACAUCGCACCUAUCGUAAUCACAGUGUUAUUAUUUAUAUACAGGACUCCAACAAAACUUGUAGGAAAAAAUGUGGUGGCUGUAGUGAGGAAGAGGUCAUAGUGUAAUAUCACAACCAGUGCCAUUGUGAUAUUACCAGUGUUUUAUCUAAUUUUGUUGUUUUGGUUUUUCAAUGCAAAUAUGAUGGCAUAAAGUCUGUGUCUUUCAUUUAAACGGCAUUAGCAUAUUUAUUUAUAAUCUAAAUAAUCGUUCUUUGCAGACAUGUACAGCUAUUAAUCCAUGGCCAUUGUCGUAAAGGGGGACCUAGAAAACAGUAACAAUAAGGGGUGUGCACGAAUGGGCCAAUAUUUAAUCUGCAGUACACAACAUUUUCAAGUACACAAACUUGGUUAAGCUCUACAUGUGUUCAGUUAUGAAUCCUCUCACACAUUACAACGCAGCAGCGUAUAAAAUCAGAUAAAAAAAGUUCAAGUCUGAAAUGAUACCCCACUAAGUCGUCGGGACUGUUUAUAUCUGGUAUCAAGAGCUUUGGUCAAUCGGAUCACAAGUGGACUAGAGAGACACGUUCAUAUGUACACCUGGUAUUUUAAUUUAGUCUUUAGUAGACAUAUGCUGCAUAGAGUUUUGUACAUGUAAGCGCUUUCUCUGACAUUUCAGUGCAAUUGAUGAAAUAACGUUGUGAAAGUUUAAAAACGAUCGCAAAAUGAAACUAAUAAAAGACUGCUUUAGUUUUAUCAAUGAUAAGUCUAAAGAUCUCGCUGAACACCGUCAUGUCCAAUGUAAAAACAUUGUGCUCGUACAUUACAUGAGAUAAAUGGGAGGAGAGUAGGCGAUCUCUUGUGGAUGCUCAAACACCACAAAAGCAAUCCAAUCGAAUGCGUUUUCGUUAACUCUAAAUGUAUUGAAAGUGGAUAAGCUCAAAGCGUUUUACAUCCGUUAACAUCCAUCUUUAGCGUUGUCAACUUCUGAUCCGAUCGACCAAAACACAUCUUAAUGUGUCAUACAGAACUCAGGGUGUGGUGUGAAUGCAAACAUGCCGUAUAAACAGAACAUGUAAAUUCUGGUCAGCCUUUGGUUAAGAGAAACUCAACUGGUACACUUUUGUCGUAUAAUGAUUAAUAAGAUGUUAACUGAUUGUAUACAAUUACAUGCUGCCUUCACCCAUAUAGUCUACUGUACAAUCGGUACCUUUUUAUUUUGGUUUGCAGUGCAUUCAACUUUGUGUCAUCAUGUGGAUUUUGAAGUUAUUUGGUCACUGUGUGUGUACGGUAAUGAUCAAACAUUGUGUUAUACUUUGCAUUGUACGAGACGAGUGCAGUUAAACAUGAGUCUGUAAGAGAUGAACGGGUUUACAAGAUCUUCAAGGGAAAAAAAUGUUACAAGCAGCUUUAUAUUUUCAGAUCCCCAAUCAUUUGCCCAAAUUUGAAUUUUUUUUUAUAGAAAAGAUAUCGGUAAUGCUUCACUUUUGUAGAGUAUAAGAUAGAAGUAGUGUUUUAAAUAAGGAAAGGUUUAGUUUAUAAGGGUUUUGUUAACUAUUACAAAUUAACUGACAAGACACCCUGAUACAAAUUACACAGCAGAAGUUAUUAGUCAAGGUGUAUUUACAUCAACAUACUGAUGUUUUAAUUUGUUGCUAUUAACUAUGCGAGGUAAUGCCAUUGACUAAUAAACAUGAUGUUGUUUACAUUUUUAUGUACAUCACAUUUUAAUAUUUGGCACAGUGAAUGUUACUCAAGGAUUUUAAAGGGAUAAAAAGUCAUAAUGAUUUUGUGGAGUAGCGAUGUGUGGUUUUUAAGUUUUUACAUGUUGCUAUUGUAAGACAACUUUGCAAUUUCAUAACGCGCUUUUUUUACAUUUGAGCAUUUUUAUGUCAUUUCAUGUCAUUUUUUCGAAGUUGUAUUGAAACAUUGUUAAUAAAACACAUUAGGUUAAGUUUUGAA